AUGGCCUCGGACAGGUCGCCGCCCCAGAAGCAACCGCAACAACAACAACACGUGAAGUCUACCUCACCAUCACAUCGCAUGCCUACUUCUGGUCAAACAUCCCGAAGGGGAUCCGCGGAUUCUUCCACCGCCCAAGGCAACGCCACCGCGAAUGAAUCAUUAUCGCAACCCAUGACAGCCAGCACAACUCCUUCAGAGGCUGCGGGUGCGGAGCCGCCCAGCACCUCCGCCACUCCUGCGCCUUAUGGCACUCGGUCCAGGGGUCGCAAUGCGCCUCGCCCCAACUACGCCGAAGAUCGCGACAUUGACAUGGACCUCGAAUUGCUUCCACCCUCAGCACCCAAAUCAUCCAAGAAAAGUAGUGGUACAGCUGCCACUAGCACUACGAAUGGUGUCAAACCGGACGGCGAGAAAGCUUCCUCAUCGUCGAAUUCUCGAAAGAGCCUAACCGCGGUGAAUGGACCUAAUGCCGCAGCCGCCAAGGACGCGAUUCCUGGCACGUCUUCUUUUUCUGCGAAGCCAGACGAUUCAGCCGGAUCUUCGAGCUCGUCGAGAAAACGUAAACAACCGGCGAGCUCUACGAACUCGAACUCCACAAACGGAAAUGCGGCCAAAAAACUCUUUACCGCUGCGCCAAGCGCGGACCCCAACCUGCCUGAGUCCAACAUGGUCUCUUUCGAGAACAAUGGUGCCUACCUCAAGGAUGGCAAAUUAAUUGCCGAUGACGGCACAACAUUCGCUGUGAAUGAUCAUGUUUACCUUAUUUGCGAGCCUCCUGGAGAGCCGUACUACCUUGCUCGAAUCAUGGAGUUUCUUCCGUCCAAGGAUAAAUCCAAUGGACCCAUUGAAGCGCUGCGAGUUAAUUGGUACUAUCGACCCCGUGAUAUUCAUCGCAUCGUCGCAGACACAAGACUUGUCUUCGCUUCCAUGCAUUCCGACACGUGUCCGCUCACAUCAUUGCGUGGAAAAUGCCAGAUCAAGCAUCUGUCGGAAAUAGACGAUUUCAAUGCGUAUCGGAAAACGAGGGACUCAUUUUGGUACGACAAGAUGUUUGACCGGUAUAUCCAUCGCUACUACGAGGUCGUCCCCACCAAGAAGGUGAUCAAUGUACCGGCCAAUGUCAAGAAGGUCCUCGAUGAACGUUGGAAGUUCAUCCUAGUGGAGAUAGGAAAACGGAAAGAACUGUUUAGUGCGGUCAAAACCUGCAAGCGAUGCGGUUUGUACGCUGCUAACAAUGACUCGGUUGAUUGCGCUGUCUGCCACAAUACCUAUCACAUGUACUGUGUGCGCCCAGUUCUCACCAAAAAGCCCGCCCGGGGGUUUGCAUGGGCCUGUGCAGCCUGCAGCCGUGCACAGGAAAAGAAACUCGAGGCUCGAAACACGCCCAUCAUCGGUGAAACUCCAGCCGAAGCCGAGGAAGAAGUUGCCGAAGAAGAAGAGGAGGAGCCGAAUGGUCUUCCUAACGAUACCAAUGUCAGCACGCCUGCUCCGGCGGAGGAGGAACAUCCUCGUCCGGCGACGAAGGAACAGAUUGCGCAAGCCCGGAUGUGGCCCUACCGUUAUUUGGGGAUUCAUUGUCGGGUGGAAGAUGCGCUUGAUUACGAUGACCGCAUCUAUCCUCGAGCCAGUUCUCGACUGGGACCACGGCAUCAAGCGAUUGUCAACCCAUGGCCUGGCCGUCCAGUCGAGUAUGCCAAGCCGAUUGAUAUCAAAAAGAAAUAUUUGAGUCGUUCAGGCCGCAAAGAUUCGAAGCUCUCGAAAGAGGCUCAGGCAGCAAUCGAAGCAGCGAAGCAGGAAAUCGCAAACCGUCCGAAAUGGGUCAUGGAUGAACCAGUUGGAUAUGUGCGACGCGGCGAGGACGAACCAGUUCUAAUAAACGGCAAGCCAACCCGUACUGCCGAAGUCCUGUUUAAGAUGCCCACUGCAACGCAGAUCCCGAGCCGGGGCGAAGAUGAUGCGCCUGGAGCGGAACUCAGUCCUGCUGAUCGAGAGAAAUUUAUCGACGAGUAUAUGGAACGGGCUAAGGAAAUCGCACCUCAAUUAGGAGAGGAGAAGUACGCUACGAAUUUCCUCGACAAGGCCUUGGAGCUUCUGUAUUCGAACAGUUUCGAUGCCGAGGCCGCUCUUGCGAAACUGAAACAGCAAAACAAAUACAAGGAUUUGAAGGAACCGCAUUUACGCCCCGAGGAAGUGAAGUUGUUCGAACAGGGCGUUGCCAAGUACGGAUCAGAGCUGCGCAAUGUGACCAAACACGUCGGUACGGUUCCGCAUUAUCAGAUCGUUCGAUUCUACUAUAUGUGGAAGAAGACCCCGCGUGGUCGGCAGAUUUGGGGCGGCUACGAGGGCAGAAAAGGCAAAAAAGAAGCCAAACGGCACAGUGCCAAUUCGAAACUUGUUGAUGACGUGGCUGACGACCACGAUGAUUCGGCCUUCGACAAUGAGAAAGCGACCGAGAAGAAGCGUGGCUUUCAGUGCAAGUUCUGCUCCACGCGGUCUUCGCGGCAAUGGCGACGCGCGCCUGGCGUUCCGCCCGGCACCACGACCCCGAGCGAGCCAUCGAAGAAGGACAAGGGCCCACUGCUCACGGUGGCGCUCUGUCUUCGCUGUGCUUUAUUGUGGAGAAAGUACGGAAUCCAAUGGGAAAGCGUGGAUGAAGUUGCAAAGAAGAUCGCGCAGAGCGGCAACAAGUCCUGGCGCCGCCGAGUCGACGAGGAAUUACUGACGCAGCUCCUGCUUUCGACUGAGACACCGAUCAGUAUCAACAGUGCCACUGCAGCCACUGCGGCCUCGAUCGGUGUGCCAGUGAACGCCAACCCGCAAGUACAGCAACAAGACUCCAACAAGAAAAAGGCAAAGCCCAACGAGAAAGAAGGCACUGCUACACCAGUUACCACCUCGGUCGAACCGGCACCGAAAAAGAAACCGCCCCGGAGAAAGCGCCAGAGCCGCAACCAAUCGUUCCGGAUCCUCCAAAGGCCAAAACUCUUCCUUGCGCCGUUUGCAACAGUCUGGAGCCUUUGGGCGACCAACACCUGUCGUGCCGAGAUUGCCUGGCUGUGUGAUAUGUGCUCGAAUGACCGCAGUCCCAUGAUUUCCACAUGUUACGAAUGCGUUCUGUGCCCCGUGACCUGGACGGAGCAUGAAUUGAUGGAGGCGCCAAAGGUAUCGCAUAAGAAGAAGACGGAUCGUGAUCGGGAGAAGGAGAGACUCGAGAAGGAGAUGGUGCAGGAGGCUAUCAAGCUUUAUCGGCAACGGCAAGAGGCUGUAGGCAAACCAAUUGGUCCACGAGAACCGUUGAAGCGGACUGCCGGUAACAAUUGGGUUCAUGUCAUGUGUGCUGUCUGGACCCCAGAGAUCAAGUUCGGCAAUGCCAAAGAGCUCGAGCCUGCGGAGGGAUUUGGACUUAUUGCGGCAGACAGGUACAGGGACGUGUGCAAGCUCUGCAAGACCACGAAAGGUGCCUGCGUGACCUGCAGCCACAGCGGCUGCAAUGCCCGUUUUCAUGUGGGUUGUGCGUUUCAGGCACAGUACACCUUCGGGUUCAACAUUACGCCAGUCAAGAGUUCUAGACGGGACACAGUCAGCAGUAUACGACUUGGGGAGGAGGUGGGAGCAGCAACCGCGGGCAUCUGGUGUCCGCAUCACGCUCCUUCAUCCGGCCUCCACCAGAUUGGUGAGGUGACGGGGGAAGACGGUUUGAACGCACUUCAACAAUUCGUUCAGUCGUACAAGCAGGCGGACCUGACGUUACCCGGGACGGUUCGAAGAGCAGCAUAUGUACAACAAACGGUGAAUGCUUCUUCUCAGCAUGCAACGAACGCCGGAAGUCGGCGCGCCUCCGCCAUCAACGGUGUUGUCACUGCUGCCCCUCAAUCGGCACCCACGACAAAGGACACCCAAAAACCCGCCGUGACGGCUCCGGAACAACAUACGGAUGAGAUGGAGAUUGAUUCCGGAAACCGUGCUCCCCGGCAAGUCUCCAGUCCCGAGGUGGAGCGGAAAUGCUGUCGUUGCUCUACCUCGUUCAGUCCUCGGUGGUGGCCGAUCGACGGUUCGCGGCGAGCUGCUGUCCUUAACAGCAGAGGCUCGAGCAUGAAUGGAGUUGGAAUGAGUUCUUCCAGCCCGCCAUUCCUCUCCCAGAAUCUACCCCAGCAUGCUCUACCCAAGCUGAAUGGCGAUUACAGCUCGGUCGCGGAGGGGCCACUCUACGAAUGUCACAAAUGCUACCUGAAAAAUGCUACAGCUCAGCCAUCUCCGGAGCCUCGACCAUCUCCCUACUCAGCGCAGCGGCCAGUGCUUCCCGCUCCCCGAAUCCCCGAAUAUCAUGGGCAUCCUUAUGGACCCCACGCGCAUCCGACUCCCCCUCCGACCAAUGCUCUCCCAAGGCCGCUUAGUGGCCCUCUGGCUCAUGGCUCUGAAUGGUACCCGGCCCAUGAACAGCGGUCGACUGAGCUUGCCGAUGGUAAGCUGCGCAACGGCUUACCAGUUCCUGCAUACCACGGAGGACCGCCCCCCGUCCAGACUCAUCCGCUUAAUGGCUUUCAACAUCCGACGCCACCUACUCAUCACGCUCCUCCUCCUCCACCACCACCUCAUUAUCCUGGUGGUGCGCCUCCACCUCCGCACCAACCGUACACUGUUCAUCAGAGCCCGUAUGCGCCAGUGUCCAUGCCGUCACCUCAUCCGUCCCAUGCACCGGGCCCUCGACCGUACGCAUCCUCAGCGUCACCUCCAACGGCACAAGCGACAAUCGUCCGCCACUCUCCUCAACACUCUCUCAGCGCUUUGAACGGAGGCCCGCCUCCGCGAAUGUAUUCUGUGGAUCGCAUCCUCGGUGCCCCGACACAAUCACCCCCAGUGUCGCAAGCGCGUAUGGAUCCCCGGGGGCUAUCGCCUCCUGGCAAGAUGGAGGACGCGCCUCUCAGUGCAGCCGGAGGAGCGAUGAGCACUGGCAGGAGUUCGGGUGUCAAUGGAACGCACGGAGGAUCUGGGGCAAGCGCCAGUCCAUCGUUGAAAAAUCUACUUUCUUAG